AUGAGUAAACCUAGAAUCUUGCAGCUUAGGGGUGGACUUUUUCUCGACGGCGAGCACGAUCGUAUCGGUGCCUCGAACGCCGACGGCGGCGUUUCCCUUGCGCACAGCUUCGAGAGCGUACUCCACCUGGAAAAGGUGGCCGUCCGGCGAGAAAACGGUGAUUGCUCUGUCGUAUCUGGCCAUAACUCAACUCUGCUGUUUGGAAUUUCUUCAAUUCUCGUGGAGCUUCGAUCUGCAACUGCGACUGAUUUCCCCCUUCUCCUUUUUCUUUUCUCUCUUUUGUUUUUCAACUCGAAGGGCUGCUGGCGGUCGCUGCCCAAGGCGGCGGGGCUUCUCCGGUGCGGCAAAAGCUGCCGGCUCCGGUGGAUCAACUAUCUCCGGCCAGAUCUCAAAAGGGGGAACUUCACGGAAGAGGAAGACGAGCUUAUCAUCAAGCUACAUAGCUUGCUCGGCAACAAGUGGUCACUUAUAGCUGGGAGGCUGCCAGGAAGAACAGACAAUGAGAUAAAGAAUUAUUGGAACACACACAUCAGAAGAAAGCUUCUGGGCCGAGGAAUUGACCCAACUACUCACCGCCCAAUCGUCACCGAGCCCACACCAUCACCUUCAUCAGCCACAAUUUCUUUCUGUGGGCCCAAAUCGAACUCCGACUUCAACAUUGGGCCUUCGAACAACGAUGGCCCAAACCCGAUUGGCGAGAAGUGCCCCGACUUGAAUCUCGAUCUCAGGAUCAGCCCGCCCAAUCACCAACACAAUCAAGACCCUGACUCGGGUUAUGAUUUUCUGGGUUUGAAAACCGGAGUCUUGGACUAUAGAGGCUUGGAGAUGAAGUGA